GAGAUAUUCUCUCCUUCCCUCCUCGUCUAAUGGUUGUAGGGGGAUAACAUGAAGUGCUACGUAACUUAUCAAAACGACGCAAACUUUGACAUCAAUACACCAAGAUAUUCCUUAUCAAGGCCUAUCUCCAGAGAGAUCUUGACCGUUUACCCCGCAAAGCAAGACAGCAACCAAUCACGACGAUAUGUAUGGCAAACGGCGUUGCGAUAUCCGAUUCCGGACUCCGAACUCCAACUGUGCAAUUGCUCGCCGUGUGACUCUUAUGGCGUGUGUUAAAACCUCAAAUACAAUUCAUGCUAUAAAUGAAGUUAAUCGUGAAUGAUUCCGGCCCCGUUGAUUCCCCACUCUCUCCAUAUUCACCAUGUCCCCCUCGCCUGAACUAUCCCAACCGAUCGUCUUCGACCCCGCGAAGCAUCUCCCACUCCUCCCCGCUUUCGUCCAUCUCCACAAAACCUGCGUUGAAUCUCCGCCCUAUCCAGUCCUCACGUUCCUCCCCCCUUUCCCGCCGGAGAAAAUCUCCAAAGUAGAAUCAUGGUGGCAAGAUCGGUUCUCGGAAGUUAAAUCUGCAACGCGGCAUAUUGUUUUCGUGAUGCUUCAACCUAAAGAAGGAGAGAAAGCACAGGUAGCUGGUGUCUGCAUGCUCUCCACACCAACAUGUGAAACUGGACCUCAUAGAGGAUUCGUGGAGAAGUUCAUGGUAGAUCCGGAGUUCAGGGGAAAGGGCGUGGGGACGGGGAUCAUGAGGGCUACGGAGAAGGUUGCGGAGGAGAUGGGUGCUUGGUUAUUGAUGCUUGAUACAGAUGUAGGGAGUUCAGCAGAGGGCAUCUAUAGAAGGAUGGGGUAUAUAGAGUGUGGAAGAAUACCGGAGUAUGAUGUGUGGUCUCAAACGGGAGAGUUGAAGACAGAGGUUUUCUUUUAUAAGAAAUUAGUAGGUGCAGAGAAGAGAGGAUCAAGAGAGGCUGCCGGGAGCUCAAACUGAUAGCAUGGGAUAUGUUGAAUAUUGUGAAGUCGUUGUAGUUUACAGGUGAACAUUAAAAGUUGGGUAAUGAGACGCCGAUUCAUGUGCUCCAGAACAACCACGCGUGCUUGACAUGAUGUCACGUGGAUGCGCGUAAGAACAUGGUUGAAAAAUGAAGAAUUUCACCAGAACAGUUGAAAGCAAAAUAAACUUCAAGAAAAGGUGAAGGAGACGUUUGUGGAGAGGAUGUGGUUAAUUCAUGGGGAGGGA